UAGAUCCGCCCCUUUCUGGAAAGUUCUGUUGAUCUGCCUCUGUGCUUCUGUGAGCAUGCUCACCCACGCUGCCUUUCAGGAACAUUCUGUAACCGGCGGCCCCGCCCCUCUUCAGUGAGCAUGCGCGCCUACCCUACCUCCUAUAUAGAGGAGGCUCGUGUCUGCAGUCAAGUGUUCAGACUUCAGAGUAGGAACUUUACUGAGCCUGCUGGCGUAAUUAAAGGAUUUUCUUCACCUCUUCCGGUGACCUUCACGUUGUUGUGUCUUCAAAUUUUGGUAGCCGCAGAUGCUGAGCUGUAGCACUCAGCUGUGCCUCGGAGCUGUAACACUUGGCUAUCGCAUCGCGCCGCUCCGCUUUUCCAGCACAGGUCGCCAUGGAUCUUGAAGGGGACCGCGGGGGAAGAGCAGGGAAGAACUUCUACAAGCUGGACCAGAAAAGUAAAACGCAGAAGAAGGAAAAGCAACCAACUGUCAGUACCUUUACCAUGUUUCGCUAUUCAGAUUGGCUGGACAGGUUAUACAUGGUGCUGGGAAGUCUAGGUGCCAUUGUCCAUGGAGCUGCAUUCCCUGUUGUGUUGCUGGUGUUUGGAAACAUGAUGGACAUCUUUGUAAGUGCAGGAAACCAUAGUCAAAGUGACGACAACACCACAGCGAGCUUCGGCACCCUGGAGGAAGACAUGACCGUGUAUGCCUAUUAUUAUACUGGAAUCGGUGCUGGUGUGCUUAUUGCUGCUUACCUUCAGGUUUCCUUUUGGUGCCUGGCAGCUGGACGACAGAUACAGAAAAUUAGAAAACAGUUUUUCCAUGCUGUAAUGAAGCAGGAGAUAGGCUGGUUUGAUGUGCAUGAUGUGGGAGAGCUGAACACCCGGCUCACAGAUGAUGUCUCCAAAAUUAACGAAGGAAUUGGUGACAAAAUUGGAAUGUUCUUCCAAUCAAUGGCAACAUUUGUGGCCGGUUUUGUAAUAGGAUUUACCCGUGGUUGGAAGCUUACCCUUGUGAUUUUGGCCGUCAGCCCUGUUCUUGGACUAUCAGCUGCUAUCUGUGCAAAGAUACUGUCUUCAUUCACGGAUAAAGAGCUUUCAGCCUAUGCAAAAGCGGGAGCUGUGGCUGAAGAGGUCUUAGCAGCCAUUAGAACUGUGAUUGCAUUUGGAGGACAAAAGAAAGAACUUGAAAGGUACAAUAAAAAUUUAGAAGAAGCGAAAAGAAUUGGGAUAAAGAAAGCUGUCACAGCCAACGUUUCUGUUGGUGCCAAUUUUCUGCUCACCUAUGCAUCCUAUGCGCUGGCGUUUUGGUAUGGGACCAUCUUGGUCCUGUCUGGUGAAUAUUCUAUCGGACAAGUGUUCACUGUCUUCUUUUCUGUAUUGAUGGGGACUUUAAGUAUUGGACAGGCAUCUCCGAAUAUUGAAGCAUUUGCCAAUGCAAGAGGAGCGGCUUACGAAAUCUUCAAGAUAAUUGACAAUGAGCCGUGCAUUGACAGCUUCUCAACCAGCGGCCACAAACCGGACAAUAUUAAGGGCAACGUGGAAUUCAGCAAUAUCCACUUCAGUUACCCGUCCCGAAAAGAGGUCAAGAUCUUGAAGGGCCUCAGCCUGAAGGUGCAGAGUGGGCAGAGAGUGGCCCUGGUUGGAAACAGCGGCUGUGGGAAGAGCACGACGGUGCAGCUGCUGCAGAGGCUCUAUGACCCCAGCGAGGGCACGGUCACUAUUGAUGGACAGGACAUCAGGACCAUAAAUGUGAGGUAUCUGCGGGAAAUGAUCGGUGUGGUGAGUCAGGAACCGGUGCUGUUUGCCACCACAAUAGCUGAAAACAUCCGCUAUGGUCGAGAAAACGUCACCAUGGAUGAGAUUCAGAAAGCUGUCAAGGAAGCCAACGCCUAUGACUUCAUCAUGAAACUGCCCCAUAAAUUUGACACCAUGGUUGGAGAGAGAGGGGCCCAGCUGAGUGGUGGACAGAAGCAGAGAAUCGCCAUAGCCCGCGCCCUGGUGCGCAACCCCAAGAUCCUGCUGCUGGACGAGGCCACGUCGGCCUUGGACACAGAGAGUGAAGCAGUGGUUCAGGUGGCCCUGGAUAAGGUCCGAGAAGGCCGGACCACCAUUGUGAUAGCUCAUCGCUUGUCCACAGUUCGCAAUGCUGAUGUCAUCGCUGGGUUUGAAGACGGUGUCAUUGUGGAAAAGGGAAAUCACGAGGAACUCAUGAAAGAGAGGGGUGUUUACUACAAACUUGUCACAAUGCAGACAGGAGGAAAUGAACUUGAAUUAGGAAAAGAAAUUUUUGAAUCCAAAAGCGAAAUUGAUGCCUUGCUAUCUUCAAAAGAUUCAGGAUCCAGUCUCCUAAGAAGAUCAACUCGCAGGAGUAUGCGUGCAUCACAAGGCCAAGAGAGAAGGCUGAGCACAAAAGAGGCGCUAGAUGAAAAUGUACCUUCAGUUUCCUUCUGGAGGAUUUUAAAGCUGAAUUUAAUGGAAUGGCCUUAUUUUGUGGUGGGCGUGUUUUGUGCCAUUAUAAAUGGAGGCCUGCAGCCAGCAUUUGCAGUAAUAUUUUCAAGGAUUAUUGGGGUGUUUGCAAGAAACGAUGAUGAUGCAACCAAACGGCAGAACAGUAACCUGUUCUCACUAUUGUUUCUACUCCUUGGAAUCGUCUAUUUUAUCGUAUGUUUCCUGCAGGGCUUCACAUUUGGCAAAGCUGGAGAGAUCCUCACCAGGCGGCUGCGGUACCUGGUUUUCAGGUCCAUGCUCAGACAGGAUGUGGGCUGGUUCGACGACCCUAACAAUACCACUGGAGCAUUGACUACAAGGCUCGCCAAUGAUGCUGCUCAAGUGAAAGGGGCUAUAGGUUCCAGGCUGGCUGUAGUUGCCCAGAAUGUAGCAAAUCUUGGGACAGGAAUUAUUAUUUCCUUCAUCUAUGGAUGGCAGUUGACACUUUUACUCUUGGCCAUUAUACCCAUCAUUGCCAUAGCGGGAGUUGUUGAGAUGAAAAUGUUGUCUGGGAAUGCACUCAAAGAUAAGAAAUUGCUGGAAGUUUCUGGGAAGAUCGCGACUGAGGCAAUAGAAAACUUCCGAACUGUCGUGUCCCUGACCCGGGAGGAGAAGUUUGAACACAUGUAUGGGCAGAGCCUGCAGAUAUCAUACAGAAACUCUGUGAAGAAAGCACACAUCUUUGGAAUCACAUUUUCCUUCACCCAGUCAAUGAUGUAUUUUACCUAUGCUGGUUGUUACCGAUUUGGUGCCUUCUUGGUGGUCCAUGAUUUCAUGACUUUUGAAAAUGUUGUGUUGGUGUUUACAGCCAUGGUUUAUGGUGCCAUGGCGGUCGGACAGGUCAGUUCACUUGCCCCUGACUAUGCCAAAGCCAAAGUGUCAGCCGCCCACAUCAUCAGGAUCCUUGAAAAAGUCCCCGCCAUUGACAGCUACAGCACAGAAGGCCUGAAGCCGAAUAUGCUGGAAGGAGAUGUGACCUUCAGUGAUGUUGUGUUCAAGUACCCCACCCGGCCAGACAUCCCGGUGCUGCAGGGGCUGAGCCUGCAGGUGAAGAAGGGCCAGACGCUGGCCUUGGUGGGCAGCAGUGGCUGUGGGAAGAGCACAGCGGUCCAGCUGCUGGAGCGGUUCUACGACCCAUUGGCCGGGACAGUGCUUGUGGAUGGUAAAGAAAUACAGCAACUGAAUGUCCAGUGGCUGCGAGCACAGCUGGGCAUUGUGUCCCAAGAGCCCAUCCUGUUUGACUGCAGCAUCGGGGAGAACAUCGCCUAUGGAGACAACAGCAGGACUGUGUCACAGGAGGAGAUCGUGAAGGCAGCCAAGGAGGCCAACAUCCACCAGUUCAUCGAGUCGCUGCCUGAUAAAUACAACACCAGAGUGGGAGACAAAGGAACUCAGCUCUCCGGUGGGCAGAAACAGCGCAUCGCCAUCGCCCGUGCCCUCGUUAGACAGCCUCGUAUUUUGCUUCUGGAUGAAGCUACAUCAGCUCUGGAUACAGAGAGCGAAAAGGUUGUCCAGGAAGCCCUUGACAAAGCCAGAGAAGGCCGCACCUGCAUCGUGAUCGCGCACCGCCUCUCCACCAUCCAGAACGCAGACGUCAUCGUGGUGAUUCAGAACGGCAGGGUCAAGGAGCACGGCACACACCAGCAGCUGCUAGCACAGAAAGGCAUCUAUUUCUCCAUGGUCAGUGUCCAGGCUGGGGCAAAGUGCUAGUGAAGUCUGACCAUGUGGGACAUUAAAUAUUAAACAGUUGUGUUUAAACCCGUCAGUUGGGCCCGGGAUUUAGCUCAGUGGUUCUGCUGCCUGCCUCUCAAGCAAAAAGACCUAAGUUCAAUCCUUGGUGCCAAAAUUAAAAAUAAAAAUAAACCCAUCAAUUGAUCAUAAAACAAGCCCUGGAUUAGGUAGUUACCUAUUUAACAUUUCCUGCCACAACUGGAUAAUUUCAAGUUCAGAGUCAUCGGAGACUUUAUAAUUGAAGAAUCCUAAAUAGAACCACUGUCAAAUGGGCAUGCGUAAUGGUUUAUAUCCAGUACAGAGUUCAUAAAAGGGUUUAAUGUAAUUUUGGAGAAAAUGUCAUUUGAUUCAUACUUUGUCAUUUGAACUAUGAGGGCUGUUGUGAAAAAAUAAAUAAUAAACAGUGCUGAUAUUUUUGCCAAAAGUGCCUACAAUAAAAGUAAACUUUCAUAUCCUUGGUGUCAUGUUGUCUAAAAUGCAUGUGAACAUAAGUAUUCUUGCAGUUUGAAUGGUAUAGAUAAUCUUGGCUUCCAGAAAAUGGAUUCAUUAAAAACCC